AAAGAGUUUAUUUGUGUUUGGGGAAAUUUCUGUAUUGAGUGCUCUUUUGUGAAUUUUGAGAGAAUUUACGCUAAUCACUAUGAAAUACUCCAUAUCAGCUGCAAUUCUACUUGCCCAGUGCAUUCUCUGUCUCUCAGAGCAGCCUUACUACCUGCAGCAGUGCACUAGAGAUGAUCCGGAUGUAAACUCCUGCCUGAGAGAAUCGGCGAAUAAAUUCGCUAGACACUUGAGAGAUGGAGUUCCCGAGCUAGAACUGGAAGAGGUGGAGCCAGUUAUCGUGGAUGAGAUCAGUAUUGUUCUCGGCAAUGGACCAGAGGGCUAUCGUGCCAUUUUCCGAGACAUCGAAGCCUUCGGCGUGAGCAACUUAACAGUGACCAAUAUUCGAUCCGACGUCGACACCUUGCAAUUUCAGCUCACACUGGAGAUACCCAAGAUCAAAGUUCGGGCUCAGUACAGAUCGUCCGGAGUGCUGAUCUUGGUACAGGCCUCAGGAGCUGGUGACUAUUGGGGUCAAUAUGAGGGUGUCAAAGCGAAAGUGUAUUUCAAAGCUGUACCUCAAGAGACUAUUGAUGACCUGACUUAUCUGGCGGUGGAGCAGGUGAAAAUGGACUUCAGCGUGAAGGAAAUCAAUAUGGGCGUCGAAAAUAUCGCCAAUGGAAAUAGCAUUAUACAGGCGGCUCUCAAUCUCUUCAUCAACUCAAAUAGUCAGGAGCUUCUGAAGGAGAUGAAACCUGCCCUGAGGGCCAAACUCACUACAGUUCUGCACAAUUUCAUGGAUAAACUAUUCGAGAGAGUUCCACUAGAGUACUGGAUUGUGUGAAAUCGAGACAGUCCUAAUCGCAUUUCAUUCCAUUUUAUUAUUUUUCAUUAGUAAUUACUUUAAAUUAUUGUAUGAAAUCUUUUCUCUUCACUCGUGUUUU